AGCGGGCUUGCCUGGAGUUCAGACGCGUCCUCUUCCUGGAUAUCUUACCACGUUGGUGGUGUUUGUUCCUGGCUCACCGCUGUUCGCUUCAGUUUCUGUCGAAUAAGUCGGCCAGGGAUAAUCGUAAUGGCUUUCAAAGACAGUGGUAAGGCACCUGUUGAGACUGAGGUGGCCAUUCACCGUAUCCGGAUCACUCUCACCAGCCGCAACGUCAAGUCUUUGGAGAAGGUGUGUGCUGACUUGAUUCGUGGUGCUAAGGAGAAAAACCUGAAGGUUAAAGGACCUGUCCGCAUGCCAACCAAGACUCUGCGUAUAACCACCAGAAAGACUCCCUGUGGUGAGGGAUCCAAAACCUGGGAUCGCUUCCAGAUGAGGAUCCACAAGCGCUUGAUUGAUCUGCACAGUCCAUCAGAAAUCGUCAAACAAAUCACAUCUAUCAGCAUCGAACCUGGUGUUGAGGUUGAAGUUACAAUUGCAGAUGCUUAAAAGGAGCUAAUGAUUUAAUAAAGAGUUAAAAGCAGAACU